AUUGGGUGCGUGGGGAAAUGGCUGUGUCUCCAGGGACGCUGUUGCUCCUGCUGCCGCUGCCGCUGCUUGUUCUGUUCAGCGAUACCGCUAAAGGACAGCGAGACCCAGAGCUGUUCUGUGGAGCUUGCAAGGCCCUUGCUGACGAGCUGGCCUACGACAUCAAGAAAAUAGGUCCAAAGAGGACUGUGAAUUCGGGGACAUUUCGGCUCAACCCUGAUGGCACGAGAGGGAAGAAAAAGGUUGCUUUUACAAAGUCAGAGACCUUCUUAACGGACGUUUUGGAAAAGAUAUGUGAUCGGAUGAACGACUAUCAACUUCAAGACGACCCAGUCACUAACAAAAAGAUAUUCAAGAGAUAUGCUCCUAGGAAGGAUGAGCCAAUCUACGCAGAAUAUAAAAAAUACUUUUUUUACUCUGACGCUUAUAAGCCCUUGAAAUAUGCGUGCGAAACUAUCAUAGAACAGUAUGAAGAUGAAAUAUACUCACUUAUCGCCCAGGAGGCAGACUUUCUGGCUGACAAGCUGUGCAUUGAAAAAUCAGGUCUUUGUCCAAACCCUGAGAUGCACAGUGAGCUCUAGAACAACUGCAGUCUGCUGCUAUUACAGAUGAAGAACGUCAAGUGAAAUAUCCCUGCAAUUUCUGCCUUCCAUUAACCCUUAUCUUUGUUUAUGGUGUGUGUGUGGGUGUUUUAAUUUAAAAAAAA